AUGAUCAACAGCAAGUUACAGGUUUUUAAUCAGAAGGGUUCACCGACGGUGGCGUAUGUAUUGGAUGAACUGAUCGAGCCCAGGGGAAUAACGCUGACCACUGAUGGACAUAUAGCAGCUACUUCUCAAAAGAUACAAGCAGUAACUGUACUUUCCUCAGACGGCUGUCUUGUCGGAACGUUUGGAAAGAAUAUCCUAUCAGGUCCUUGUGGCAUUGCUACAGAUGCAAAGGGGAAUUUUGUCAUUACGGAUGUGUCGUCAAAUAAAAUUUCCCUCGUGGACAAGAACGGUAACUUCAUCCAACAUAUUGGCAAAGACGAACAAUUCAAACAACCCCGUUACGUCACGGUAUCCAAACAAGGGGAGAUAAUUGUUAGUGAUUCUGGCAAUAACUGUCUAAAAGUGUUUGAUCCACAAGGAAAGCUACUCAGAGUGAUUGGGAAAUUCGGGAAAAACGAUGGGUGCCUUAAAGUUCCGUAUGCGACAACCACUGAUGACUUUGGAAACGUUUUAGUAUCCGAUCACUAUAACGACCGCAUUUCAGUAUUCAAUUGCAAUGGGAAAUUCAUACGGCAUUUAGUUACAGAAGCCCAUGGACUGAAGCAUCCUCAAGGAUUGUCCUUAUCACCGGAAAUGGUACUCUACAUCAGUCAUGGCGGACUCAAGGCUAAUCAAGUCGCGGCGUAUGAACUCAAAUUUGAUGGUAUACCAUGUGAUGUCGUUGCAUUUGUUUAA